UUUCGCACACUUACUUUCGCAAACACUCGCCGGCAGUAUUCGUUCGCCGGGCCCCGCCAGCACCACCACAGAUGCCCUUACCUGACCGCGUACUCCGCUCCGAACUCCCGACAAAAAAAUAAAAGGCGCGCGUCGGGAACGAAAGCGCAUCGCCGUGUUUGAGUAGCGAUCCCCGCUAUCCUGGUUAUUCCUCUCUCGCGGUCGUCUUCAGGCCACAUUCAAGCCGCGUUAGCACCACGUCCGGACCCCGUUUUCCCCGCUCUCGCAAGGGACGACCAGCGCUUGCAUCCUGGCAGCUCGCUGUGGCCAGCUUUAGGCGGCCCACAAGCCACCAGUGCUGUAGGUGUCACCAGGCGCCUGCCGCUCACAGCUGCGGGGUCACCAGCGUGUGGAGGAGAGGAGGCGCCCAUGGGCGGCGUCGACGGCGCGCUGGCGGGGGCUGGCGGGGCGGGCAGGGCUGGCGAUGGCCGCGUGGUGUGCGUGACGUGCGGGGCGCGGCGAGAGCAGCUGUACCGCGUGCAUUCGCCUGGCAGCAUCGAAGUGCUCAAAUGCGGUGCAUGUGGCGCCGUUGCCGACCCCUAUGUGGAGUGUGACCCGCUGCUCGUGCUUUUAGACGUGCUUCUAUUGAAGCCUCAGGCGCACCGGCACGUGGUGCACAACCUGAUUCUCGCCUCGCCGCUGCCAAGCCUUGUGAGCAUACCAGAGUGUUCUCAACUGCCUUGCCGCACUCACCAGGGCGGGUCUGAAGGUCCUUGGGUAACCGUCAUGGGGACUGCCCUCUAGAAUGCUGGCCUCCUGCUGCUAUCACGUGCCACACGUGAUGACUGUAAGGGAGUCUGGGGUUAAGGCGCCUCGUUUCAUGACUGCACGGGACGGGAGGACCAUUUCAGCCCCGCCCCCCUUCGGUGUCUCCCCACAUACAUCUCCAUGUCUCUCUCGUGUAUUUUCAUACUUAGCAUUCUCAAGCGGUCCUUGUAUUCAUAGGCAAACCGGCAGUGGCAAACCGGCAGUGGCAAACCGGCAGUGGCAAACCGGCA